AUGCCUUCUACCACCGAGGCUACUAACUCUCUCCCAACCUAUUUCAUUGGCCAUGCCGGCGUAGGACUUCUCUUUGAUGAUAGACCUCGAAAUGAAAUUGUCCAGGCGAACUUGAGGGCUAUUGGGGAAGAGAUCCUAUCUCUGUCACCACGUCCCAAAGCAGUUGUUGUCUUCAGUGGUCACUUUGAAGCGGGCGAAAUCCAUGGACCCGGAGUAAUUGAAGUGAAUGUAAAACGUGGGACGCAUAUUCAACACGACUUUGUCAACGACUUCCAUGACUCUAAGCCGUUUGUAUAUGAAUACGACUGGCCGCAUGAAGAUGCGCCUGAGCUAGCGGCACAACUAUGGCAACAUCUACGCAAGGCAGGAAUCAAGGCCAAACGAGUGGAGCGGGGAGUAGAUCAUGGUGUCUGGGUGCCGUUCAAGGUCAUGUUUCCGAACGAGAACCCGCUGGACAUACCCGUAAUCCAAAUCUCUACAUUCCACGGGACCAAUCUUGAGAGCCAGAUCCGUCUGGGUCAGGCCUUGCAGUCACUACGACACGAAGGUUAUCUCAUUGUAGGUUCCGGUAUGGCUGUUCAUUCGUUCGCCUCGAUCGAAGAGAUCAUCGAUGCCCCGACAGAGGAGGCGAGGGAAGGUACUAAGGCCAAGGUCCUUACUGAGUCCCAAGUGUUUGAUACACAUCUGAGAGCGGCAGUGACAAAAAGGGAUGCAAAGGAGAGAAACCAAGCUCUGCUGAAGCUAGAGACCCUGUACGAGUUCAAGCGCUCCCAUCCGACUGUUGAGCAUUUCACGCCGCUCCUGGUUGCUGCAGCCGCGGCUGGGGAUGCAGAUGUGGAAGCCCUAGGUGUGGACUUAGUCGACCCAGGCUUCUCUUAUCUCAAUCUACGCUUUGCUUAG